UUUGUUGAUUGGCCAGUGCUUGACCAAUCAAAAUGCUCAAUGAAACUGGGCAGCUGCCCCGUUUGCAGAUAUAAACCAGGAGAAGCUUCGGAUUUCCCAUCAACCGCAUCACACAGCAACCAUGAGGUCUCUGGUCUUCGUUCUGCUCAUUGGAGCUGCUUUUGCCACGGAGGAGGACAAGAUAGUCGGAGGGUAUGAGUGCACGCCCCACUCCCAGCCCCAUGCGGUGUCUCUGAACUCUGGGUACCACUUCUGCGGUGGAUCCCUGGUCAGCGCGAACUGGGUUGUGUCUGCUGCUCACUGUUACAAGUCUCGUGUGGAGGUUCGUCUUGGGGAGCACCACAUCAGAGUGAACGAGGGUAACGAGCAGUUCAUCAGCUCUGCCCAAGUCAUCCGUCACCCCAACUACAGCUCCUACAACAUCAACAACGACAUCAUGCUGAUCAAGCUGAGCAAGCCCGCCACCCUCAACGCCUUUGUGCAGCCCGUGGCUCUGCCCUCCAGCUGUGCCCCCGCUGGCACCAUGUGCAAAGUCUCUGGCUGGGGCAACACCAUGAGCUCCUCUGCUGAUGGUGACAAGCUGCAGUGCCUGAACAUCCCCAUCCUUUCCUUCGAGGAUUGUGACAACUCCUACCCUGGCAUGAUCACCGAUGCCAUGUUCUGUGCUGGCUACCUGGAGGGAGGCAAGGACUCUUGUCAGGGUGACUCCGGUGGCCCCGUGGUCUGCAACGGGGAGCUGCAGGGUGUCGUGUCCUGGGGCUACGGCUGUGCCGAGAGGGAUCACCCCGGUGUUUACGCCAAGGUGUGCCUCUUCAACGAGUGGCUCACCAGCACCAUGGCCAGUCCAAUGAGGUUGUCCCGGAGCUGUGACAGCGUGUCUGUCCGUGUAUAUAAAGCAGGUGGGCAGGUCUGGACCUCUCAUCAACCGCAUCACACAGCAACCAUGAGGUCUCUGGUCUUCGUUCUGCUCUUCGGAGCUGCUUUUGCCACGGAGGAGGACAAGAUCGUCGGAGGGUAUGAGUGCAAGCCCUACUCCCAGCCCCAUCAGGUGUCUCUGAACUCUGGGUACCACUUCUGCGGUGGCUCCCUGGUCAACGAGAACUGGGUUGUGUCUGCUGCUCACUGUUACAAGUCUCGUGUGGAGGUUCGUCUUGGGGAGCACCACAUCAGAGUGAACGAGGGUAACGAGCAGUUCAUCAGCUCUGCCCAAGUCAUCCGUCACCCCAACUACAGCUCCUACAACAUCAACAACGACAUCAUGCUGAUCAAGCUGAGCAAGCCCGCCACCCUCAACGCCUUUGUGCAGCCCGUGGCUCUGCCCUCCAGCUGUGCCCCCGCUGGCACCAUGUGCAAAGUCUCUGGCUGGGGCAACACCAUGAGCUCCUCUGCUAAUGGCGACAAGCUGCAGUGUCUGGACAUCCCCAUCCUUUCCUUUGAGGAUUGUGACAAUUCCUACCCUGGCCAGAUCACCAACGCCAUGUUCUGUGCUGGAUACCUGGAGGGAGGCAAGGACUCUUGCCAGGGUGACUCCGGUGGCCCCGUGGUCUGCAACGGUGAGCUCCAGGGUGUCGUGUCCUGGGGCUACGGCUGUGCCGUGAGGGAUAACCCCGGUGUUUACGCCAAGGUGUGCAUCUUCAACGACUGGCUCACCAGCACAAUGGCCAGCAACUAAGUCUGAUCCCAGCAACAGACCUCCAGCACAGUUACAC